AUGGACGCUCGUCUCUCUUCUCUGGAAGCUUCUUUUGCAGAUCUUCAAUCUAUCAUCGCCGAUGUGGUGAAGACUUAUGUGCACUCUGCUUUGGAGUCCAAUCUUCCCGCUCAUCUCGAUCGUCGCAUUCCGGUGUACUUUGAGCAGUUUCCAUGUGAGUUUUCUUUUCAAGGCGUCGGUGACACUUCUAUGCCUCAACCCAUUCCACCUCCUCCACUUCCUCCUGAUUUGGAUCUACAUCCACCUCAUCGGCACCUCAAUUGGCUGGGUGGGGGGCAUCCUCAUAGAACUCAGUGGACACAGCGGGUGGAUUUUCCUCGUUUUUCUGACAGUGAUGACCCACUCGCCUGGAUCUACAAAGUGGAGCAGUUUUUCACAUUCUACAACAUUCCGGAGCACCAACGUGUGCUCACUGCAUCCUUUCAUCUAGAAGGGGAAACAUUGCAGUGGUUUCAAUGGAUGGAUUGUCUCACAUCUACUCCGGACUGGUUGGCGUUCACUAAGGUUUUUUGUAGGGAAUUUGGCCCAAAUGAGUUCGAGAAUAAUGCUGAGGCAUUAUUCAAAUUGAGGCAAACAGGUACCCUUCGCGAUUACGUUGUGGAAUUUCGUAGAUUAGCCAAUCGUACCACUGGAAUUGAGCCUAUUCUACUUAAGAGCUGUUUUUUUGGGGGAUUAAAACGUGAAUUGAAGUUUGAUGUUAAGCUUUUGAAACCGGCAACUGUACAUGAGGCUAUCUCUAUUUCUGGGCAAUUAGACUCUAAACUUAUUGAGCUCAGAACAACUGCACCUCGAACUUCUAUCCCUGUUAAACCUCAACCGCUACUUCUUCCUCCUUCUGCCCUUGCGGGUCCUCGAGCUGGUCCUGUGCCUGUUAAGAAAUUGACUCAUGCCGAGAUUCAAUUGAAAAGUGACAAAGGAGAUUGCUGGUUUUGUCUUGAUAAAUGGAUUCCGGGGCAUAAAUGUGGCCUCAAACAAUUACUCAUGUUGGAUGUUAUUGAUUCUAAUGCUCAUUGUAAAUUCACUGAUGUUGAUGAUGCUUCUCCUGAGUUAUUGGCAAUGUUCUUAAGUGAGUGUGCUUUUUAUGGAACAACUGCUAAACAGUCUGUUCAAACUAUGAAGGUUGAUGGUGUGGUUCUUGGACAAUCUAUCAAGAUUUUAUUGGACUCAGAGAGUAUUCAUAAUUUCAUUGAUUUUCGGUUGCUUAAGAAAUGGGGUCGCCAAGCACAAAGUACUCAAGCCUUUGAGGUUAUGAUCGCUGAUGGAGGAAUAGUCCGGAGCUCGGGUUGUUGUAGGGACACUGCCCUUUGUUUGGGAGGGUACAAUUGUGUAGUUGACUUCUACUCUCUUCCUUUAGGUGGUUGUGACGUGGUGUUUGAGGUCCAGUGGUUGUCUUCUGUAAGUCCUGUUCUUUGGGACGUCCAACUAUUGACCAUGGAAUUUUUUGCCAAUGCUCAGCACUACAAACUAACUCACAGCCCAUCUACUGCCCCACUUAUUCAGGAAGUUUCAUUGCAACACUUGGAUAAAGAGUUUUCUAACUCUCAUUUGGGUCUCUUCCUCUAUUCUAUGGAGGGUCAGUUCUUGCACCAUUCUGCAUUAUCUCCUCAACAAUCACACGAACUAAAUGAGUUACUUGGGGCCUUCGAAGCCAUCUUUGUGUUACCUUCUAAGCUCCCACAUUCUCGGGGUCAUGACCACCACAUUCCUUUGGUUCCAUGCGCCAAACCUCCAAAUUUGCGGCCAUAUCAUUAUGGUCAUAUGCAAAAGACUGAAAUUGAAAGAACUGUGCAAGAAUUACUUGACUCGGGGUUUAUUCGUCCCAGCCACAGUCCUUUUUCCUUCCAUGUCCUAUUGGAUAAGAAGAAAUAG